AUGUUCCCUGUCCCGCCGUGCGCACGCCCAAAGAUAAUCGGCUACGUCGAGGAAGUUGUGCGUGCGGACUCAGAGGAAGAGUUUCGCAGGAACUUCAGCGUGUCAAGGGCUGUCGCUGCCGACCUGUACAACGACUUUGGUGCCUCUCCGAUGUACCCUCGGUAUGACAAUGGGGGAUCACCUGCAAAAACAGCCGAGGAGCAUGUCCUAGCGUUCCUGUGGUAUGCUGCAAAUAAAGCCUACAUCAGAGAUGUUGCCGGUCGCUUCGGGCUUGGUGAGACAACAGCCUUUAGACUCAUUGAGCGUGUGAUGGACUACCUUGUGGAAUUGGCUAAGACCGUGAUAGCCUUCCCUGACGACUUGCAGGGCCUGUCCACGAAGUUUGAGCAGUUGUCUGGAGUACCUGGCGUCAUUGGAUGCAUCGAUGGCAGUUACAUAAGCAUUCGCUGUCCUGCCACUAAGGUGCGAUCAACGUACAUCAAUCGGCACAAUUACAUCUCUAUGACACUACAGGGAGUCUGUGACCAUGAGAAAAGGUUUUUGGAUGUCACUGUUGGAAAUCCCAGUAAAAUUCAUGAUGCCAGGGUGUUUGAAAAUUCCCGUUUAGCAAAAAAGCUCCCUCAAGUUUGUGCCCCUGGAAAUUUUCAUGUCUUAGGCGACGCAGCGUAUCCCUUGCGUGAAUUCCUGUUGACCCCAUUCAGAGAUUAUGGCAGUCUCACGGAUCAACAGAAAAAAUUUAAUACAAGGUUCUCCGCAACAAGGGUGCGUAUUGAGAAUGCGUUUGCUGACCUAAAGGCUCGUUUCCGCCAGCUUCUGCAUCUAGACUUUUUCUUAGUUGAUAAGAUGAACAAGUUUAUGAUAUCAUGUGCUGUUUUGCACAACUUGUGCAUAACCGCAGGAGUUGGGGAUGUCCCUUCUGGCCUUGAUGAUAGCACUCCAAGUAGCCUGUGGGAAAAUCUUUCCCAAGAUGAUGCUGCUAGCUGUGGGCCACAAACAGCAAGCGAUAUAUUGCUGCGGAGAAAAGGCGAGCAAAAACGGGAGUGCGUUUUUUCAAAAAAUGCAGCUGCAAUAACAGUCUUAUAUCUUGAGCAGCACUGA